AUGCCGGAGUGCUCCUGUCCCAGCAUCAUAGUGUGCGUAUCUGACACUGCUAUGUUCGGACAUCUUCGCCCUGAAUCCAUUAGUAUUUGCAGGCAGGUCUUCCGUCCAAUAUCUCAGGACGCGCACAACUAUCGCAGAAAAACCGCUCUCUACUAUUCCACUGGUUUGGGGAUUUUUAUGCUAGGAUUGGGAUAUGCUGGGGUCCCACUUUAUCGCAUCUACUGUGCUAAAAGUGGAAGGGGCUCAAACACAGAUGGCGCUCGUGUCUCAAACGCUGAUUUCAUCGCGCGGAUGAAACCGGUUCGUGAAAGACGCAUCACUGUCGAAUUCUCUGCCGACACUUAUUCACACAUGGCAUGGAGUUUUAAGCCCUUGCAAAAGCGGCUAACGAUCGUCCCUGGAGAGACGGCCUUGGCCUUUUAUACAGCAAAAAACCCAACAUCCAAGCCCAUAGUUGGUAUCGCAACCUACACGGUAUUGCCAAUAGAGGCGGCGAAGUAUUUUAACAAAAUACAGUGCUUCUGUUUCGAGGAGCAAAGACUCAAUCCAGGGGAGGAGGUGGAUUUGCCCGUGUUCUUCUUUCUUGAUCCAGAAUUUGAUGAGGAUCCACAUUUAAUGCGAACUAACAGACUCACUCUACAUUACACCUUUUUUGAGGCCAAGAAAGAGAAAAUGCUGGUGCCUGGCAUCUCAAAACCCAUUCUGGAGGAUGUCGCCUGA